AUGGACCAGACGGUCGUGUUCAAGUCCUUCUACGAGAAGGGCUUCGCGCUGCCCGUGGACGCCUUUUUCCACGGGCUUCUUCACUUGUACAGGCUCGAGGGGAGCAUCUACCCCGACUUCGAGCUCUGCGACACCAACAAGGGGUGGGCGCGGGAAUGGUUCGUGGUGGCGAACCCAGCGCCCUGCCUCCCGACGCACACUGGUCGCGCGCCGGAGUACAUGGUGUGCUGGGAGGAGCCGCCAACCACCGAGGAGAUGGCGCAAGUGGAGCGCCUCCUCAAGGAGAUCGCCAACUUGUCGGCGCAAGAUCUGACAGGGGCCACUAGACGUCCCCGACCUCCCUUCUCACCUCCUGAGCUCGAUAGCCCCGCUCCGCGCGCCCCCUUUCGCCUGGAACGGCCGCUGCCGCCACCAUGGCCGCCGCCGCCCCAUAGGCUCCCGCGGAGCUCCCUCCUCUGGUCUCCCUCGCGCCCAUUCGACCCCGCAGUUAGCUUCCUCACCUUCCGCUGGUACUCCCCGACCCACGCGCCGCCGCCCAAGCCCGCCGGAACGCCGCCGCCGCAAGCCCAGUCCACCGCCGGCCGCCCCUCUCCGCGGAGCCGUCGCCUCGGACCUCCUCCCCGCGAACCAAGGACACCCAGAGAUACUACUACUCUCGCUGACGGAACUUACGAACUGGUGCCCGGGUCCGAGAGUGAACAGCGUGAAGCUCAGGUGAAUCUAACUGAAGUUACUGAAGACCCGAACCCGAUUUCGGAAGAGCCCAGAUCCAGUUACGCCCAGGAAGGAAAUACUUUUGAGGACAUGAUUGCCAGUUUAACCUGGCCUUGUACCCUCCCGCCUGGUUGGUCCGUGGAGUGGGAUCCGUCCCCGGCCAACGAUGACAAGAGCGAGUGAUGUCACGAAUCGGGCUUCAUCGUGACACCCAUAUCGUCGUUAGUUCACGUGUUUACUUUCCGCUGCAAUAAAGAACUCUGGUGGACUUCUUUUAUGUUGUUGUAC